GUGAACCGGCUAAGCGGCAUGGAGAAGCCAGAACUUUGGGGGGCCCUGGCUCUUCUCCUCGUCUGCUUUUACUCAUGUAGCAGUCAGGACCUUCAGGUAAUCGACCUGCUUACUCUGGGCGAAUCCCGGCAGACGGUAGCUGUAGCAGAGAAGAUCCGGACGGCUUUACUCACUGCCGGGGACAUCUACCUCUUGUCCACAUUCCGCCUCCCCCCAAAGCAAGGUGGCGUCCUCUUUGGGCUCUACUCUCGGCAAGACAACACCCGGUGGCUCGAGGCCUCUGUUGUGGGCAAGAUCAACAAAGUCCUGGUGCGGUAUCAGCGGGAAGACGGCAAAGUCCACGCAGUGAACCUACAGCAAGCAGGCCUGGCUGAUGGGCGGACACACACAGCUCUCCUGCGGCUCCGAGGACCUUCUCGACCCAGCCCCGGCCUGCAGCUCUAUGUGGACUGUAAACUGGGCGACCAACAUGCUGGCCUUCCAGCCCUGGCCCCAAUUCCUCCAGCAGAGGUCAGUGGCCUGGAGAUAAGAACUGGACAGAAGGCUUACCUGAGGAUGCAGGGCUUUGUGGAGUCGAUGAAGAUUAUUAUAGGUGGCUCCAUGGCGCGGGUAGGAGCCCUGAGUGAGUGCCCAUUCCAAGGAGAUGACUCCAUUCACAGUGCAGUGACCAGUGCGCUGCAGUCCAUUUUAGGGGAACAGACCAAGGCCUUGGUCACCCAACUCACCCUCUUCAACCAGAUACUGGUGGAGCUUCGGGAUGACAUCCGAGACCAGGUUUGGGUGGGCCAGCCAAGGAGGCUUCUGACGCUGGGGUGGGGUGGCGGGUGCGGAGGGCUGACUGCUCCUCCUUCGGCAGGUGAAGGAGAUGUCUCUCAUCCGGAACACCAUCAUGGAGUGUCAGGUUUCCACGAGCAGCGUUCCCACUGCAGCCCCAACCCCUGCUUCAGAGGCGUGGACUGUAUGGAAGUGUAUGAGUACCCAGGCUACCGCUGUGGGCCCUGCCCGCCUGGCCUGCAGGGCAAUGGCACCCACUGUGACGACAUCAAUGAGUGUGCACACUCCGACCCCUGUUUCCCGGGCUCCAGCUGCAUCAACACCAUGCCUGGCUUCCACUGUGAGGCCUGCCCUCCGGGCUACAAGGGCACCCAAGUGUCUGGUGUGGGCAUCGACUAUGCUCGGGCCAGUAAACAGGUCUGCAAUGACAUUGAUGAAUGUAAUGAUGGGGACAACGGAGGCUGUGACCCAAAUUCCAUCUGCACCAACACGGUGGGGUCUUUCAAAUGUGGUCCUUGCCGUCUGGGGUUCCUGGGAAACCAGAGCCAGGGCUGCCUCCCAGCAAGGACCUGCCACAGCCCAGCCCACAGCCCCUGCCAUGUCCAUGCUCACUGUCUCUUUGAACGCAAUGGUGCGGUGUCUUGCCAGUGUAAUGUGGGCUGGGCAGGGAAUGGAAACGUGUGUGGGCCUGACACAGACAUCGAUGGCUAUCCGGACCAGGCGCUUCCCUGCAUGGAUAACAACAAGCACUGCAAGCAGGACAACUGCCUUUUGACACCCAACUCUGGGCAAGAAGACGCUGAUAAUGAUGGUGUCGGGGACCAGUGUGAUGAUGAUGCUGAUGGUGAUGGCAUCAAGAAUGUUGAGGACAAUUGCCGACUGUUCCCCAACAAGGACCAGCAGAAUUCAGACACAGAUUCAUUUGGGGAUGCCUGCGACAACUGUCCCAAUGUUCCCAACAACGACCAGAAGGACACAGAUGGCAAUGGAGAAGGAGACGCCUGCGACAACGAUGUGGAUGGGGAUGGCAUCCCCAAUGGACUGGACAACUGCCCUAAAGUACCCAACCCACUGCAGACAGACCGGGAUGAAGACGGCGUAGGAGACGCUUGUGACAGCUGCCCUGAAAUGAGCAAUCCCACCCAGACAGAUGCAGACAGCGACCUGGUGGGGGAUGUCUGUGAUACCAAUGAAGACAGCGAUGGAGACGGGCAUCAGGACACCAAGGACAACUGUCCCCAGCUGCCAAACAGCUCUCAGCUGGACUCGGACAAUGACGGUCUUGGGGAUGAGUGUGAUGGGGAUGAUGACAAUGAUGGUGUCCCAGACUAUGUGCCUCCUGGGCCUGACAACUGCCGUCUGGUACCCAAUCCUAACCAGAAAGACUCCGACGGCAAUGGUGUUGGUGACGUGUGUGAGGAUGACUUUGACAACGAUGCAGUGGUUGACCCCCUGGAUGUGUGUCCGGAAAGUGCAGAGGUUACCCUCACAGAUUUUCGGGCCUAUCAGACUGUGGUUCUGGAUCCCGAGGGUGAUGCUCAGAUUGACCCAAACUGGGUGGUGCUCAAUCAGGGCAUGGAAAUUGUUCAGACUAUGAAUAGUGACCCAGGUCUUGCAGUUGGAUACACAGCUUUUAACGGUGUGGACUUUGAAGGCACUUUCCACGUGAACACGGUCACUGACGAUGACUAUGCAGGCUUCCUCUUCAGUUACCAGGACAGUGGCCGCUUCUACGUGGUCAUGUGGAAACAGACAGAACAGACUUACUGGCAGGCCACGCCUUUCCGAGCCGUGGCCCAGCCAGGGCUGCAGCUCAAGGCAGUGACAUCAGUAUCGGGCCCAGGUGAGCACCUCCGAAAUGCUCUGUGGCACACUGGCCACACCCCUGAUCAGGUACGACUGCUGUGGACUGACCCCCGAAAUGUGGGUUGGCGUGACAAGACAUCCUAUAGAUGGCAGCUGCUGCACCGGCCUCAAGUUGGCUACAUUCGGGUGAAGCUCUAUGAGGGUCCCCAGCUAGUGGCGGAUUCUGGGGUGAUUAUUGACACGUCCAUGAGAGGGGGGCGUCUUGGUGUAUUCUGCUUCUCCCAAGAAAACAUCAUUUGGUCCAAUCUCCAGUAUCGCUGCAAUGGUGAGGCUCUAGACGGAGGUCAGCUUGACCGUGCCCUGGGAAGCUCUCAUCCUCUGACGCAACUUGUUUCCCCUCUUCAGACACAGUGCCUGAGGAUUUUGAGCCAUUCCGGAGGCAGCUGCUCCAGGGAAGGGUGUGAGGAGGUGCUACCGGAUUCAGAAUUCCGAUUGGAGACCUUUGACCUUGGGCUCUGUUUCGGAGACCCUGGGUCUAACCUACAGCCCCUCAACCUAACGUGGUUCUCUGGCACCCAUCAGGGAGCUCAGCCCCAGAGGAGUAGUGACCCCAUUGUGCAGGGGCUGGGGGGAUUUCAAGGGGGUAUUGCUCAGGCACUGACCCCAGGAAAGACAUCAGCACAUUGCCAUAAAAGUUACAGUUAUUUUCUAAGUCAGUGCAAUUACUUAUUUUAGGCCUUUUCUAGGACACAAAGGAACCUGAGGGGUAAGAAAGGCUGCUAACUGCAGGUAGAGGUAGGGAAAGUUUGACCGAGUUGGAGUGUGGAUGGGAAAAACACCAAAUGAAGGACGAGGCUGGAGGACGGCUGAAGCCCUUCCAGCCCCACUUACUCACCGCGGCAGCAGCGACACCUCAGUCAAAGUUCCGCCGGGAUCGAAAGCCCAGGGCCGGGGCUGCCCCGCUCUGGGUGAGGGGGGCCGAGGGGGCCGGAGGCCGGGACGAGUGCAAUAUUGGCGGGGGAAAGAACAACACUGCACCACGUCCCGUCCCUCCCGCCCGCCCGGGGUCCCGGAAUCCCGCUCCUUACCACGUGGACCUUUGGAACCCAGGGACUGGGGGCGCUCUGGGGUGUUGGGGUCACCUUAGAGGUACACCAGAGCCUGGGCGCCCGGAAGGGUAAAGGGGAGGGCGAAAGGAAAAGGGUGAGGAGAGAAGGGUUCCCCUGGUGCUCGGGAAGGCCACUUUCCGACGCUGAAGCAGUGCGCGCGCUUGCUCUUUAAAUACUGAGACGGAGAGGCGCGGAGCUAUUGCCAUGGUGACAGGUAUCCCAGCAACCGAAUUGAAUGGCUGUUGCCUGGCAAUUCUAGGAGUUGGGGUUUGGGGCCGCCCACCCAAAUACUUGUGGGCGCGCUGACGUAGGGCAUCCCCACGCUGCCUGGAGCCGGCCUCACAAAAUCGCUCAGAGGCACGACAAACGGCAGGAGCGUGGAUCCCAUGCCUCCGUUCAUGCACCUCCGAAAUGCUUUCUAAAGUAUUAGCUUCCGUUUUAUAUUCGUUGGGACUAAGAAUUGUUUGCCUACUACAGUUGUAACUGCUCCUGUUGGUUUACACUGCAACCUACACCUGCGGGAUCUGACCUGGUACCCUCAGUCCGCAUGCUGCUGUGAACCGAAAGCCCUCCCCGUCCCCAACUAUUUCUGACCUUCAGAAUACCUCUCCUCCUUAAAUACACACACGAGUUUGCCCUGCACCAUGUGCCUGUCCGUCCCAAAUACCCUUCCUCUCCCAAAUACAACUCUGAGCUCCCAAAUUCUAUGGUUGCGCCGGGCGGUGGUGGCUCACUCCUUUAAUCCCAGCACUCG